GACAGACCCGGCGGGGGUGACAGUAGCCCAGACUGCUGUGCGUUGAUGCUCUCCCCUUGCUUCAUGUGGCCUUUGAACUCAUUGUUGUGUCGCGGGUGACGUCAGUGCCGUGUGCGGGAGACGGAGCGGCGUGCGCCUGGCGAGACAAAGGCGGCGGACCGACCGGGGUCAGGCAGGCAAGAGCAGCAGCAGAAAGCCGAGAAUCACUGUUUUUUUUUUUUUAAACUAAAAGGUAACCGCUAACCUUGGACUUCAGUAGAGCCCUCCCUGACGCUGGGAGAAAUGAAGAGGCAGUGACACUCCUGUGGAAAUCUCCUGGAGGAGGAAAAACAACAGUGCCCUCUUUUCGGUUUUAAACGUUUUUUUUUCUUCUCCUCAAACGCCCCCCUUUCGGUUUGCUAGUUAGCCGAACCGCUAGCUCCUAGCGCUGCACAGCACAGCACAGGUCUCCUCCUUCAGUCUGCUCCACGUCUUUCCCUAAAGAACUGGGCUACGAGUGAAGAGAGGACUUCAUCGACAAAACGUAGAUAAACAGAGGGUGAGCGGACUCCCAACAAAACAGGCAUCCGUGAUCUGAUGUGAGAUCCACGGAGAGACUAUGCCUAGCCCUUUAUUUCACCCCGAGAUUAUGGACCACGACGUGGUGAUCAGCAGCCAACACAACGGGGUCGGUCUGUCCAGGGAGACGGAUCAGGAGUCCCGGGAGGAGGACCACCAAGAGGCGCUCCGCUUCGCCCUGGACCAGCUGUCACUGAUGGCCAUGGAGAAGGUGGACUGUGGGGGCGGCGGAAGCAGCGGGCUUGUGGACAGCCUGGAUGGGACCCAGGGUCCGGGACCCGAGAAUUGCAACGGUGUGAGUGGAGGGGGGUUCGUGGAUCUACAAAUGCUGGACCAUCCCAGCGGGUCUCGGGACUCUCCGACGUCCUGCUCUCCAUCCCCGGAGUACUAUGGCUCAGGGGGGUACCACAUGGCCGGCUCCCACGCCAUGCUCCACGGGGAACCAAACUCCGUCCUCUGCAGCAGGAAAAGAAGUGUCAACAUGACCGAGUGUGUGCCCGUCCCCAGCUCCGAGCAUGUGGCUGAGAUAGUGGGCAGACAAGGUUGUAAGAUCAAGGCCCUGCGUGCCAAAACAAACACCUACAUAAAGACUCCGGUGCGAGGCGAGGAUCCUGUGUUCAUCGUGACGGGACGCAGGGAGGAUGUGGAGAUGGCCAAGCGUGAAAUUGUGUCUGCAGCAGAGCACUUCUCUAUGAUCAGGGCGUCCCGCUGCAAAGCUGGAGGGGGUGGAGGAGGCGGCUCCCUUCCCGGACCACCAAACCUACCUGGACAGACCACUAUACAGGUUAGAGUGCCGUACAGAGUAGUCGGUUUAGUUGUUGGACCAAAAGGGGCAACAAUCAAGCGCAUCCAGCAGCAGACUCACACCUACAUCGUGACACCGAGUCGAGAAAAAGACCCCGUGUUCGAGGUGACUGGGAUGCCAGAGAACGUGGACAGAGCGAGAGAGGAGAUCGAGACUCACAUCACCCUGAGAACUGGAACCUUUGUAGACCUCCAGGGAGACAAUGACUUCCACACUAAUGGCACUGAUGUCAGUCUUGAAGGCCUUGGCUCCCUGAGUGGGGGACUGGGGGCGACUUUGUGGUCCAGGGCAACUAGCCACCAUUCUGCCCCCCCUCCUCCUCCAACAUCCCCACCUUCUGCUCUUUCCAUGUCCGUACACCACUCGUCCGGCAGGAAGAUGUCCUCAUCGGUUCCCUAUCACACGCACAAUGGCGGGAUGAGCGCAGACAGCUUCAGCACCGCCCGGAAGGCCACCGAGGGAGGCAGUCCCACUAGCCCUUUUAGCACAGGCUCCAGCAGCGCUGGGGGAUUCACUUUUGGGGGCGACUCCACCCCAGGACUGCCUUCGUCAGACGAGCUGGGCUUCGAGUUCAGUGCUUCCAACAUCUGGGCGCCUUUCGUCAACAGCGGAUCGGGCAAUAAGACGGGCAGCUCCUCUCAGCAGCAGCCUCUGCGUCGCAAUAGCAGCGGCGUCAGCGCCGGCGCCAUCACUCCACGAUUGUCCCCGACUCUGCCUCAGGACACAGGCGUGGUCCCCCCUCUGGAUCACCCGCUUGCCCGUCGUGCUCAAAGCGACCCCCUCAGCACUCUUUCCUGGCUGCAGUCUGGCAACGCAGGCGGCGGCUCCUUCUCCGGAGCAUCGAGCUCCAGCUCCGGCGGCUCAUCGACCGGUUACUCCUCCUGCUCGGCCUCCUCCCUCCCCGGUGGGUCGCCUACUGACUCAGAGGGAGGCGGCAGCGGUGUGGGUCUCACCUCUGGGAUUUUGAGCCGACUGAAAGGCAGCUCUGGCUCCGGGGUUGCGGCUCUGGUUGGGGUCACCCCCGGGGUCAACAGGGACUGCUUCGUGUGUUUCGAGAGCGAGGUGACGGCAGCCCUGGUGCCCUGCGGCCACAACUUGUUCUGCAUGGAGUGCGCUGGGCAGAUCUGCCAAUCAACAGAGCCAGAAUGCCCCGUCUGUCACACUCCUACCACACAGUGCAUCCGCAUCUUCUCGUAAUGUCCCGGGCAAAGGAAGGGGUGGUGGGGUGGGGUAAAAUGUGGGAUGGGAGGGGAACGGUCCCAAGUGGGGCACCAGCUGCGGCAGAGACAAUGGAAGGAGUCACAAUAAUAACCUUCACACACAUGAUGGACCAUAAUAAAUGCAUUAAUAGAGAUGACGAUACUAUAAGGAUGCUGAUUUAUUGCUGGUAACUGUCGAUAAAUGAUGAUGAUAAUAAUUAAUAGUGACUUAUUUUCAGAGUGAAGUUAAUUGAAACUGGUCUGUAGACAGUUGGAGCUCAGCCAGUCUCUUGGUGUUGAACUUAACGGAAGGAAACUAGUGUCUUAUCUCUCUUCAGGCCUUCUUUUUGACCCAGAGCGGCCCUUGUGGCUGCCUGCUGGUCUGUCUCAACAUUUCUUCAUUCUGGCUUCUUCUUCAGAUCUCUGCCUGCUCUCUCUCUCUCGCUCUCUCUCUGUCUCACAGCCUUUCUUUUUGACACUUUUGUACUUAACAGAUAUUUUUCAAUGAAGCUGUCGACGAGGCCUGCACUUUUCUACUCCCUAAUUUUACUGUUCUCAACAGGGCACUGCCCGUUUCCAACAAAUCCCUUUGUCCUUUGCUCUCACUCAUGCUGUUGUUUGUGGCACAAAGUGGCAAGGUUCCUCUUUUUUUUCUGUAAGUUUGGGACUUUCCUCUCUGUUUUUAUUUUAAAGAUCGCCGUGUUGUCAGGCACCUAGAAGAACAAUAAACCCAAGGGACCUCUUAA